GUCGACACACCAGCCACAAUCCGCUGUUCCCCGUUGUCGCCGUCCGCUGUUGAGAACGAUGCCGCAGAAAGUCGUCGAGACUCCCUAUCCCCCCAUUGAUGCAGACCCGCAUGCAUUCCGUGUGGUCCGCUACAUGCGUCUCUCAGAUUACGGUGCCUGGGCGGCCGCAACUGGCGCGUUCCCGGCUGCCUUGUACUUAUGGGAUAUGGCGGAUCCAACCAAGUUUAAGCUUCGAACUCAACUUCGUCUAGGCGGCUUGCUCGGAUUCGUUGGCGGGUUUCUUCUAGCGUAUCAGCGGUCCAGCCUUCGUUUCUGGGGUUGGACUGAGAACAAGCGCGAGGAGCAGAUGGACCGUGAGGAAAUGACCGCUCGCGCCCGACGGGGCCUGCCGCUGUAUGGGGAAUCACCUCAACCCGAGUGGAUUCAGGGAGUCGCGCACAGAAACUCUGUCUGGUCGCAACUCAAGUUUUCUAUCAUUCCUAUGUUCAAUCUCGUCAACCACCCUUAUCACGGUACAGACCCGGAGAAAUACAAGCCGAAGGAGGAUUCAUCAUAGGGGGCCAUUGACAACGUUCUCCUAUUACAUUGCAUAUGGACUCAGGCAAGCAAUGUGAGCACCGCAAAAGCCAGCGGACUGUUCCCGCUCGGGAAACUAUAUUCGACCUUAUGAUCCAGCCUUAAGAGACCUGUCAUACACGUCCUCGCUUUCUUCUCCGCCCACUCUCAUCAUCCUCUUUUCCGUCAUUGUCGUUGCUCUCAUACUGCUUGUCUUGAUCCACGCCUGCAACAAGGCA